AUGACGUUCCUGUUCCUACCGUCGCGGGCUUUAGGAGAGGUGUAUACACAGGUCGCGUAUAGAUUAAGUUAUACAUUGUGUACAGUUAAAACACCUCUUAUUCUUAGAACGAGGGCGGACACUAGUCGUAUUAUAAAAAAUAUAGAGAUUAGUAAAGAUUUGCAAGAUCUCGUCGCGGAUUUGAUAAACUAUUUGGUAAGAAGAGAUGACGUCACCUGCCUCACAGUUGUAUCUGAUCCCGUGUAUUUGAACGUCUUCGAAGGUGCUUUGUUUAAAGGAAUAUACACAGUGCCGAAUAUUAUGAUAGUUGUCGAGGAGCGUGAAGACCUGUUAUCUCCAAACUUCAAUACACUCGAAUCUUUACGACAAGCGCGAAAUGAUGGCUGCAAUGUCUACCUUAUCAUCCUGGCUAAUGGACUCCAAGUGACAAGAUUGUUAAAAUUCGGUUAUAAAUACCGUCUCCUGGAUACCAGAGCGAAGUAUAUAAUGCUGCAUGAUGUAAGACUCUUUCAUAGCGCUAAUCAUUAUCUCUGGAAGAGUAUUGUGAACGUUAUAUUUCUAAAAUAUCAUAGCAAAGUAAUAGGGGAUGUAAAAAGCAAGGCGUGGUUUGAUCUCUCCACAGUUCCGUUUCCCAAUAUUAUCAAAGAAAUAUUCAUACCACGUCGUGUCGACAUUUGGAGAAGGAAUAAAUUUCAUUACGGCAGAGACCUAUUCGCCGAUAAAACUGGCAAUCUCUAUGAUGAAGUACUAAAUGUGGUCUACGUUGAUCACGUGCCUUCAGUAGUCGUUACCAAGUCCAAUGCUACAAAUAAAGUAGGAGGCGUCGAGAUAGAGAUUCUCAAAACCUUAGCUCAGAAAAUGCAUUUUAAACCAAAGUUAUACGAACCAAUCAAUGUCGAAUCCCAGAAAUGGGGUCACAAACAAGAUAACGGUUCAUUUUCUGGUCUCCUCGGUGAAAUGGUUAACAGCGGCGCUGAUGUUGCCCUUGGAAAUUUGCAAUAUACCCCUUCCCAUCUUGAAAUGACUGAUUUGAGCAUACCGUACACGUCUCAAUGCUGGACAUUUCUCACACCAGAAGCCUUAACUGAUAAUUCUUGGAAAACCCUGAUUUUGCCGUUUAAAUUGAACAUGUGGAUCGCAGUUUUAUUGGUUUUACUUGUAACGGGUUCCAUAUUUUAUGGUCUAGCUAUAUACUACAUGAACCUUUUAAAUUAUAAAGGUGUUUCUGAAGGUUUCGAAGCCAACGACCGUAAAAUGUCAUAUACAAAACCUGUUGGGCUUUAUUUGUUCGGUGAAAUAUCAAAUAGUAUCCUUUAUACUUACGGAAUGUUGGUUGUUGUAUCUUUACCGAAGCUACCAACGGGCUGGUCCAUUCGUCUACUUACUGGAUGGUACUGGCUGUAUUGUAUCUUGUUAGUCGUGUCUUAUAGAGCUAGUAUGACCGCCAUUUUAGCUAAUCCAACACCCAGAGUCACUAUAGACACAUUACAAGAAUUGGUAGACAGCAAAAUAGCAUGCGGCGGCUGGGGGAGUGAAACAAAGAAAUUCUUCCUAGAAUCUCUAGAUGAAAUGGGCCAGAAAAUCGGUGAAAUGUUCGAAAAUGUCGAUGACCCCGAACAAGCCACGAACAAAAUAGCUCAAGGCAUCUUUGCUUAUUAUGACAGCGAGAAUUUUCUAAAAUACUUAACCGUUAAACGGAAGAACAUGGUGUUGAUGACGUCACCAGAAAACAACACAAGAGACAGAAACCUUCAUAUAAUGAAGGAUUGCGUCGUUAACAUACCGAUAUCGAUCGGCUUCCACAAGAACUCCCCGCUGAAGCCGCUGGCAGAUGUUUACUUGAGACGAAUAGUAGAGGUCGGACUCGUGGAAAAAUGGCUUAAUGACGCCAUGUAUAAGAUAAGAACACGAGAAAAAAACGAAGAGGAAGUUAAGGCUUUGAUAAAUUUGAAGAAGCUCUACUGUGCUUUCGUGGCUCUAAGUAUAGGAUACACUUUAAGCUCGAUAUGCCUGUUUUUGGAGUUCAUGCAUUGGCAUUUUGUUGUCAAAAGGGAUCCAGGGUUUGACAAAUAUGCCAUGAAUGAAUAUUACAUGCACAAGAAUAAAAAGAAGUAAUACUAAUUAAAAUGUUUAAUAUCAAUAGUAUCAGUAC